CAAAGGGUGAAGGCUUUCCAGCUGACCAGCAUGUUUAAGAGAGACUUGAGACCUGACUCUUGGUUCUUCAGCUUUCUGGUCAGCAGUCUGUCCAGGAGUCUCCUUGCCUUUGCAGCCCUUGCCCAGAAUCAGACUUCUAAAGGUUUUGCUCCUGUCACGAUUGAGACCUCAAGACACAUGUACGAAUAUGUGGCCACUGGUUUGGACUGGUGGCACGCGCACCGAUACUGUGACCAGCGCUUUGCUCAGCUGCUUUUUGAACCCCAGGACAGCGAGCGAGCUUCCCUGAGCAAACUGCUGCAGUCCCACCGCAUCAGGGGCUCUGUCUGGCUGAACGAAAGAGACGGUGUCCUGCGCAGACCCAGCCGGAGACGGGACCACAUCGUACCGGUCCUAGUAUUUGGAGAGAAAACAGACACGAGAUACGUGAAGGUGCUCCAUGACUUCCCAGCACUGCCUGCUGUCACAGCCUGCGCCCACCUCCAGUGGGACACCAGGACCCAGGAGAUUGCUACCAUCUUCUCCUAUGCUGUGCCGGCUUUUAUUAACGAGUUCCAGCUCCGUGGCUUUGUCGACGAGGAAGGAUUUGUUCGCUUUGCUCUCAUAGUCCACGAGCACCAUUCCCCAUACCUGCCCGUGUUCCGUGCCGAUGGCCAGUGGCAUCACUUCUGCGUGACCUGGCAGCAGGAGAACGGGACGUGGGCCAUCUAUGCCGACGGUAAAAGGAGGGCGUCUGCCAGCGGUCUGUGUGCCGCGGGGCCAUCAGCCCCCCAGGCCAUCGCCGGCCAGGGGACGCUCAUCAUUGGGCAGGAUCAAGAUUCCCUGGGGGGCACCUUCCGGGAGAAAGAGUCCUUCAGCGGGAACAUCACCGACUUGCACAUCUGGCAGAAGGUCCUGGGCGUGGAGCAGAUUGAGAAGGUUCGGUCGUGCUGGGUGGUGGAGCAGGACCUCGUGUUUCGGUGGAGCUCGGACGCUCUGGAGGUGGAGAGCACCGUGCAGGAGGUGACCGCGCGGCUGCUCUGCCCAGGUGAGUGUCACGAAUGCCGGGUUUUGGAAGUCAGCAACGGUGGAUUUGGUUACAUGUCUUGUUUGCAGUCUUUGCCUUUUAUCUGUGUCUACAGAAAAGAUGCCUACUGGCAACUGAAAACAGCUCAGCUGGAGUCCAGCCAUUUGCUUGCCGGCCGUGUGAAUGCGCUCGCAGAGAGGACCGUGAUUCCUGGGAACGUCUUCACAAGCAAUGUCCAAGCCUUGAACCUCUCUGUUGCUCUUGGUGCUCUUGAUGUCUUGGCAACUGUUCUGAAGGAAAGAGAGACACCUGCGCUGGAGUCGUCUGACCUCCUUGCGGUGCUCCAACUGCUAAAGCAAGUUUCUGAUGUGGAAGCCCAGGAGGGAGAGGAGCUGGAGAUGCUGGAGCAGUUGGGCCAGUAUUAUGUGGAGGUGACAGAGUUAAUCUUGGAAGAGCAGAACAUUGAAACGUGGUCAUCGGUCAGCCAGGUUAUCAGAGGGCCCAUGGCUGUCGUUGAGCUCUGUGACAGAAUGGUGUCACACUUGGCCCCGCUGCUGACUGCAGGGAGGACAAGGAUCACAAUCCAGCACCAGAAUGUGGGGAUGGAGGUCAGGAGGCUGGAGCUGAGCAGGCAGGAGCCGAGCAGCCAGGUGUACGUGGUCCAGAGCCCUGAGAAAGGCAGGCACGACCUCAUCGAAGUUCCCGCAGAAGAAAUGCAAAGACUGAAAGCCAGAGGUCUGCGCAGAGUCGUGCUGAAAAACAUGUGGUUCGGCUACAGCUCCCUGCAGCGCAGCCUGUCGG